AUGGAGGAGAGGGAGAGUAAUUUCACUCUCGGUACAGACGAAUUUGUGAGACCAUACAUGGCCGAUGGAAUAAAAUCUGAUGUAACGACUACCAUAGUAAAUACCAAAGAGCACUUUACCAUAGAAUACGAAGAAACAACUUCAAGUGAUUCAUCAACUAACUAUAAUACUGAGGAAGUGUCGAACAAAGCAAACACUUCUCCCUCGACAACUAAUAAAAUAAGUGUACCAGAAACAACAUUUUCAAAAAAUGGUGAUCAAUAUACAACUAAAUUGACGUCAAAGAAUGAAAAUUCAACAACAUUAGAAACAACAGAUAAAGCAUACUUUACAACAGAACAUAACUCAUUAGAUACAACAAAUAAUGAUGUGACAAGUGCAACUGGACUUACUUCAUUGGUUGAUGAAAAAACGAUAACUUCAACAACAGUAGAUGUUUCGACAACAGAAGAAAUAACAAGUGAAGUUGAGCUAGCAACACUACUUGAUAUAACAACAAUACCAUCGACAGCGGUUGGUGAUUUGACAACAGUAGAGGAGGUAACCUCAAUAGAUAUCACAGCUGAUGAAGUAACAACUGAAGCUGAGCGAUCUACAAUUAUUGAUGCAACAACCAUUCCGUCGACAAUAAGGGUAACAUCCAUUACUAUCACAACCAAUGAAAUAACAAGUGACACUAAUCAAACCAUACCAUUUGAUUUAACAACGAUACCGUCGACAACAGUAGAUGAUUCUACAACAGUAGACGAUUUAACAUCAAUAGCUAUCACAACCGAUGAAGUAACAAGUAAGGAUGAGGAAACUACAUUUCUUGAUGCAACAACAAUACCAUCGACUACGGUUGUUGGUGAUUUCACAACAGCAGAGGAGCUAACGUCAACAGAUAUCACAGCUGAUGAAGUGACAAGCGAUGUUGAGCGAACUACAUUUGUUGAUGCAACAACAAUACCGUCGACAAUAGUAGCUGAUUUGACAACAUUAGAGGAG